GUUUCACGCAUGAUGCGUAUGAUGCAUCGUUCAUCCUCGUUUAUCAUUCAAAUGAAGAACUUAAAGAAAUAAUUAGAACAAAAAGUGUUCGUGCUUCACCAUCGUAUUUGCUUGUGACAGCUUCGGAUAAAUCUGACAACGAGGGAAAAAAACAGUUAAAGCGUUCAAAAACUUUUCAAAUGAAUCGUCAGUUAAAAGAACAAGAGGAACUAGUCUGUAAUAAAUUAUCAAAGUUUAAGAGUGAUUUAUUGCCAAUAAACGUUACAUUAAAAGAUAAGGAAAAUUUAGAUUUGUCAAACAUUACUGAUACACCGCCAUCACCCAAAAAAUAUAGAGUAACAGAAGAUUUAGCACAAACAAAAAAUAAAUUCAUGCAAGAUGACAAUCUAGUCAAAGCACUAACCAAAGAAACAAACACGAGAAACGAAAAGGAGAAGUGUGGUAAUGAGUCCCCAAAAAAACAGUUAAAGCAUUCAAAAACUUUUCAGAUGAAUUGUCAAUUAAAAGAACAAGAGGAACUAGUCUGUAAUAAAUUAUCAAACUUUAAGAGUGAUUUAUUGCCAAUGAACGCAGUUACAUUAAAAGAUAAGGAAAAUUUAGAUUUGUCAAACAUUACUGAUACACCGCCAUCACCCAAAAAAUAUAGAGUAACAGAAGAUUUAGCACAAACAAAAAAUAAAUUCAUGCAAGAUGACAAUCUAGUCAAAGCACUAACCGAAGAAACAAACACGAGAAACGAAAAGGAGAAGUGUGAUAAUGAGUCCCAAAAGCUGAGCAGAUCUAAAGUUAUUCCAAAGAUAACAUGUAUUAGUAAGGUUCAUUCGCUCACAGAAUGUAAAGAAGCUUUCGAAAAAUUAAUAAAAGAAAAUUCUAAGUUACGAACAGAAGGGGAUGAAUUAAUAAAUGAAAACAAAAAAUUAAAGAGCUCCAGAAAGGAACUAAAAAAGCAAAUAGAAGAAAAAGAAUCGGAAAUAAAAAAACUUCGUGAAUUAAAUGACGGUUUGCAAAUUAGUUUCAUUCAAAAAACUAAGGAGUCUACUAAGGAGUAUGAAUCUAAGUUAGAGCAACUUUCAAACUCAAGAGAACGGUUAGAUUACUCUCAGAAUUAUCCAGCAAUUGGAAUUUUGCGUACUUCAGACGAUUUCCGAAGGGUACACAUUGGUAGAAACCAGUGGGUCACUGAAAAACAGUACAGUAAUUUACUAAAUAAUUCAAAAACACCCAGUCAAUGUGCUAGUAAUAUAUUAACGCUAGUUUUCAGUAUUGAAGAAUUAACGACUAGCACAAAAACUGGAUAUGAAAGUAAUAAGAAACUAAGUAAAUUACGUGACUUAAAUAAAGAAACGAAGAGAUUGGGUAAAUUAAAAUGCCCAAAAUUGGACGAAAUAAAAUACGGUGCUUGUGAAGAUUAUUAUAUAUAUUGGAUGAAACAUAUUUAUAAACCAAAUAAAGAAGGAAAAACAUUGUUUUUGUCAGAUAUGUUGAAAUUUGAUAUUUUUGCGGGAAGAAAAAUUGCAGAAAUGAAAAGACCAGAGAGAAAAACAUCAAAAUUAAAAUCACGAAAACUUGUGGAAACUGAAUCAGAUGAUGGAAAAAACUCGAAUGAAAAGCAUUCUGAUUCUGAUAAUGAAGUAAUUUGUGAAGCUGAAAUUAAUCAGUAUAAAAUACAUUCCGCUAAUAAGACUGAAAAAACCCUCAACGGAAAUUGAAACAAAUGACAAACCAAAUGAAUAUGAUACUAGAAAAGGAGUAAAUAAAACUACUAAGGAGACUACUAAGGAGACUACUAAGGAGACUACUUCUACUAAUGAGACAGAUGAUGCAAUAAGUGAUACCAAUUUUGAUUGGACUCCAACUAAUUCAUCGGCUUCAGAUGUUGAGGACAUCUGAAUCAAGUCUUAGAGAGAAUAGUUUAGAUGACGUUUUAAGUUUAACAAAUACUUUAAAUUUGUUACUGAAUAAAAGUUUUUUAUCAGUGUU